AGAAUUUCCGGCAGUGGUUAGAAGAGGAGAUGUGUUUCUUCAAUCUCUCCAGCAGUGGUCAAUUCAGCGAGAUGAAGAAUCUAAACCAGUGGAAACACAAGUUCAUGUUCUAUUGUCGUUACUUUAUCUCAGUUUCACCACGCUUGAAUUUCCUGUCAAAUACCAAGAUGAGAAUUGAUCUGAGGCUACAAUACGAACGCUGGAAGCACAUCUCUCACUGUUUGAUAAGGAUCCAUAAAAACUACGAUCUUUUGCUGAGACACAAUUUGCACAUUAUUACUAUUCUAAGAUGACCGCCCUGCUCGGCAAGAAAUUUCAGAUUGUUUGGGAUGAUAUAUUGGUCUGCCACAGCUAAUCAAGUGUUCUACCUUCGAAUGUGAUGGUGGUGGAAAACGCAGCAUCAAUGAUCUGCAACAGCGGUGGUGUUGGCCGGUACGGCCGAGACGACAGAAUUAGAUGUAUUGAUUUAUUGUUUUCUUUUUAUCUUUAAUUUUAAUUAUUUAAUUAAUUUUAUUUAUUUGUAUUACAAAAUAUUAUUCGAAAAAUAAAUAGAUUUUUUUUAUUAUUUUUAAAUUUAAUUUAUAUGUACAUUUGAUUUUAUUUUUUAAUUGUAUAUUUUAUAAUUAAAUUACGGCAUAUAAAAGCAUUAAAAUGUAUGGUCACAAAGUAGCGUUUUGUUACAUAUUUUUUGUAACAGUGAGAUACAAAAUUGGUACGCUGUAUUUGUUACAAAUUACGACUGUCUGAGACAAUUUGGUUAGUAAGUAAUCAUGACACUAUUACGACGCUUUCGUUCUGUCACUAAAUGUAACAAAUUGGUUACCGAAUAUAUUUGUCACAAAACUUGUGACAUUUUUGUUACGUAAAAAAAUUUGUUACGACGGUAUUGUAACCAUUAACAUUUGGUCACUAAUUUGUCACAAUAUCAUUAUUGUGACGAAAAUACUUUUAUUGUGACCAAUUUUUUUGUCACAAUAUGUUAAUUUUUUUGUAGUGAGAGCUCGUGGUUCACGAAGAGUCGAGUCGUGGUAACGCGGCUUUGACUGAUGACGGGUUGAGCAGUAUUCCGGUCGUUCCCUUGGAAAGGGGGAGAAGGGAACCAUCUGUUGAUCGAGGUUCCGACGGUCGAGACCAUUCUAAGACGCCCGAAGGGAGGCGCGAAGCAGGAGUUUCUCAAUCGAUCACUGCCACCACUUCUCGCUCUACGCCGUCGGCUCCCGGAGGCAGCUCUACUCGAAAGAAAGGUCCCGUCAAGUUCCUUGAUUACGUGGAGUUCAAAUACGACGGUGACACACCGCUCGCCUACGCCCCAGAGGAAUGCGCCGAGUUAGUUCGCCAAAUCCGAGGAGGUGCGAAUGAUAUGCCGCCGGUUAAAGACCUUAUUUUCAAGGACGCUUAUGUCGAUGCGGGAAGGACCAAGGUUCUGGUAAGGGUUGCUUUCCUCCUUCUGUCUUUUUAAUGCUUCUGGUCCUGACUCUCAAUCUUUUUUUACGCAGAGUGAUGGUAGUGUGAAUUACGUCAUUGAGCUGUACGACACGACCUUGAAAGAAACUAUCUCCAAGUUGAAGAACACUGAAAGGCUCGUGCGAGUGAAGGACUCAGCUCUUAACUGUAAAACCAGUGAGUUCAAAGCAGUGAUCGAGAAGGCUGAGGCAGAGCAGAGUCGACUACUCGCAGAGAAGAAGGCCCAGAAGGCGAAGUUCACGGAGAAGUUUGGAGAGCUGAAGGGCAAAUUCAAGACUGCUGGCGAGAAGAUCAGAGUUCUUGAGCGAGAGAAAGCCUCUCUUGAGGAAGAGAAGGCCGCUUGGGAGAAGGAGAAGGCUGCUACGGUCUUAAGGCAUCUGAAGGAGAUCAACCAGUUGAGGGACUCCCGAAGCUACGAGGUUACCCUUGAGAGGGUCUGCGUUCAGAUUGAGAUGGUCGCGAACUGCAAUAGGCGCUUCAACAACAUUCGCGAGCGGGAGGCUCGUCGUGAUGAUUUCGACACCGCGAGGUGUCUCUACAGUCAAGCAUUCGGGAUGAAGAAAUGUCUUGAGGCGCUUAAGGAGAAUGGGAUCGACAUCCCUCAGGAGUCGAUCGAUCUGUUCGCCGGGUCGGAAAAAGAGUAUGGUGAAAAUGCCGUUCGCCUAGAUGUGGGUGAAAUCCUUGUAGAGUAUCUCUGCAUGUCUCCUCUCGCUCUAGCGUCUAAGUUCCUCAACGAGAACUUCCUAGCGGUGAUCGAUCCGUAUGGGUCGAACGCUGGUUUAAUCGAUGCCGGAACCGCUGCUACCCUUCAGACUCCAAGCAGCUCGCAAGGCGAGCCGUCAUCUGAGAGGUUGGCGGUUCCGUUGGUCGAGGGAUCGACAGUUCCUCCCGUACUUCCUUCGAGUGAUCCUGGUUCAGCUCCCUUAGGAGCAAGCUCUAUUGUUGAUGAAGAAGCACCAGCUCGAGAGGUCGGUCCUGGCGACGCAGAUCCGGUCCUCCCCGCCGAAGGAAGAGAAACGUGACCCGGUCUUGAUGACCUGGUCGAGUUGUCUGAUUCUUCGAUCGAAAGAAGCGGCCAGAACGAGUCCAGCAACGGAGCACCUCCCGGAGUAGGGGAAGAUUUGAAUGCAUCAUCAGUUGAGAGGGGGGGAGCGAGGGAGCGAGGACGCGAUUGCCCAAGUCCCCGAGGUACCUGAAAGCAGGUCACUGGUGGCUGACCCACCCAUUUCUGACGUGGGAGUUGUCGAGAAUGUUCUUUAUCCGGUUCCUCGACUUUCAGUGGACGAUCCUGGCCGGGGCGAGGGCUGACUCUUUAUGUUUGUUGUAAUCUUUCUUAGUUGUUUUGUCUUUUGGCCCUUCGAGGUCUUGUGUUGUUGUAACUCCGAACCUCUUUGUUUUGUGGCUUUGUUCUUUGUUUUGAACCUUCAGUAAGCCUUAUGACUUUUUUUGGACUUAAGAACU